ACUGCUGCUGCUGCUGCUACUGCCUGAACAUGGUGCGGAGGGAGAUGCUGCUUGCUCUGCUCUCACUAUGGGCUGCAACCUCUGGCCAGCUGCAGGAUUGCUUGCAACGUAGCAAGUGCCUUGAACUGCCAGUGCCAGGACUGAUGGAAUGUCUUGAAAGCUGCAAAGCAGACGAGACUCUGGAAUCCCCGAUCUAUCCCGGCAACAGCUACCUGCAGCCGAUUGAGGAGAACAUCAGGAAUUAUGUCAUGGGUCACUUCCGCUGGAACAAGUUUGGGAAGAAAAGAGCCAACAGCACAGGAUUAUUGGGCAGCAAGCGAGAGGGUGGAAGGGUCAGGGCUAUGAUGGUGCAACUCCCAGCCACAGAGCCAGAAGGUCCCGAGCUGCAAAGUGAGGAUAUGGGCACGCAGUUUCCUAGGCUGAAUGAUAAGAGGUCCUACUCGAUGGAGCACUUCCGCUGGGGGAAGCCAAUGGGCAGGAAGAGGAGGCCCGUCAAAGUCUACCCAAGUAAUUAUGAUAAUGAGUCAGUUGAGAACAUGGGACCAGAACUGAAGCGUGAGGAGUCCGUGGACUUUGACUACCCGGCAGAGAUGUCCUACUUGGGGGAUGCGAAGAUGCAGGGGGAUGCCACGAAGAAAGAUGGGAAGAUUUACAAGAUGACCCAUUUCAGGUGGGGCAGGGGUUCCAAGGGUAGCGGGCAGGGCGGGGGGCCUGAACUUUUGCACCCCCAACCUCUGCUGUUCGGAAACCCGGAAGACAUGGUCCAGGAAAGCAUAGAGAGUGGCCUGCCCGAGGAAGAGGUGAAGAAAGACGGGGAGAAUUACAAGUUUGGACACUUCAGGUGGAGUGCCCCACUCAAAGACAAGCGUUACGGAGGCUUCAUGAAGUCCUGGGGCGAGAGGGGUCAGAAGCCUCUGCUGACUCUCUUCAGAAACGUCAUCAUCAAGGAUGGUCACGACGCCAAAGCUCAGAGCCAAUAGAAGGGUAAAGCUAAAUAGGAAAGCUAGGAGCUGCCGACAAUCUAUUAGAGCAAUCAAUAAGAAGUUAGAACCUGUCUGUGGCAGUUUCCCUGGAUCAAUCAAUAAAAGAGAUAGUGUUGUACCCGGGCUUUAAGUGCUCGCUGGUCCAGGCCAUGGCUCUACAGAGAUAUUUUCCUACCUACUGAGCUGUACAUUAUGUAAAUGGAUCUGAGAAAUAAACUUUUUUUUCGCAAAUGGU